AAAAAAGAUGCAUCAUCGUUUCCACGUUUCAUAAUAUUUUCCACGAAGCUAAUAACUAUACCUUGGACAGCAACAGGCCAACAACAUUGAUACUGUACCAACAAGGCAACAACUAUACAUUACGCAACAAUCAUAUCAUCGCUUCCUCCUAUGGGGAAGAAGAAAGCCACGAAUCCAUAACAUAUAUUAAAUCAAUGGCUACCGUGCCGCCAUGUAUAUUAUUCCUCUUCUUGGUGGCGCUAACAAGCAUAGGCAUAGCAAAGGCUCAGUUCUACUGCGAAAGCAUAUCAUGCGGGAAGGGAGGAGUUUCAAUUGAGUUCCCGUUUUACCUGAGAGAAAAUCAAAUCCCUGGAUGUGGCUACCCAGGGUUCGAGCUCUCAUGCGCCAACACCACCACGGAGCCCUUGCUGACUCUCCCAGCUGAACCAGGUCACUUCACUGUGAAACUCAUCUCGUGGCCUCAACCUCCAACUCUCACCCUUCCAAUUAAGCUCUGCUUACUCGCUUGUCAACUACACCUUCCUCAGAUGCCCUUCAAAUUUAACCGCUUUGUCUAUGGUACAACCAAUACCCUGUUUGAACUCAGGGUUUAAUAGUAGUAGCAAAUCUUCGGUGGUGGCGAUCUUGUCGAAUCCGCCGUUUCCAACGCCGUGGACGUCGCCGUGCCACGUCAUAUCGUGGGCUAUGAUCCCGGUUGCCGGUUUUCCGUGGCCGUUUUGGACGGAUUAUUAUUCUGACAUAAAGUUGGAAUGGGAUAACCCAAAUUGCGGAAGUUGCGAGGCACGUGGAGGACGGUGUGGGUUCGUUGGCCCAACGCUCCGGGACACUGCUUUUCAUGUUGGUUGUUACGAUCUUCCCACUCAACUUCAAGGUCUUUCAAAGAAAACCAAGUACGGUUUAGGUAUGGGCCUAGGAAUACCUGGAGCCUUGUGUAUUAUUGUGCUUGCAUAUUUGUUCUACGCCAAGAUGAAGACACAUGAGCAACAGAGGCUAUCAAGAAGUGAUUUUUCGACCAUAAUUUUACCGCGUCUUCCUGUUCAAAUCAUGGGAUUGGAUGCUGCUAGCAUAGAAAAAUACCCCAAAACCCUGCUUGGUGAAAGUGGGCGAUUGCCUAAGCCUAAUGACAAUCUUUGUUCCAUAUGUCUCUGUGAGUACCAGCCCAAGGAGACCUUGAGGACCAUACCUGAAUGCAAUCACUAUUUUCAUGCCAAUUGCAUAGAUGGAUGGCUCAAGAUGAAUGCUACUUGUCCUCUUUGUCGCAAUUUACCUGAAAGAUCUGUUGCAUCAUUAACCCCGUCUAUACCUGCAUCUCCCACUUAUUAGGAUUUUCCGAUUGUAUUUCUAAUAACUUUGUUAGACAUGAUCACAAUGUACUAUACAUUCUUUUAUUUGGGUGGAAGUUUCUAUCUAUACAAAAUUCCUA